AUAAUUAUUUGCUCUACUCCCGAUUAAUUUUCCAAACUUUUGAUGUAAGUGUGGCUGUAUUUUUAAAUGCUAAAAAACUGUGUUUAAGAAGUGAUGAAAGUAACGAGAAAAAAAAUUGACAAAAUUUUUCUAAGUAAUAUAAAAGAAUUGAAAUUAAAACACAGUCGACAUUUGUCAUGCAUUAUUAAUCAAAAUGAAAUGUUUCAAGCUAUUGAACAAGGUGACAUAAAAAAGUUAGAAGAUGCAACUAUUAAAGGCGCAGAUAUCAGCGGGAUAGAUUAUCAUGGAUGGAGUUCUCUACACUACGCGGCUAAAGGAGGUAAUUUCGCUAUUUUUAAGUAUUUAAUUUAUCGAAAAGUAAAAUAUAAUUUUAGGAAUAUAAAUGGAGAAACUCUGCUACAUAUUGCAGUAAGGUAUGGACAAAUUGAAAUUGUUGAAUGGCUUAUUAGAGGUCUAAAAAACCCUGAAAUCGAGGAUUAUUCAAAGACAACUCCGUUAUGCCUUGCAAUUCGUUGUGGCUACAACGAUAGUAUCAAAUUAUUAUUGCCAUAUAACUAUCGGUAUUCUUAUACAGUUUUACUGCACUGUGCAGUGUUGAGUAAUCGUAAAGAUAUUGUUGAGUUUUUAGUGAAAAAUAGAAAUGAACAUGUAGAUUAUUACCAAAAUGAAGAGAAGCAAACCUUACUGUAUGUAGCGGCGAGAAGUGGGUACGCAGAACUGACACAGUAUCUAAUUAGUCUUCAAUCUAAUGUAAAUAGACGUUCGAAUUUAGAAACAACACCUUUGUUUGAAGCUGCCUGCUACGGUUAUGUGGAAACGGUAAAACUUUUACUUCUAAAUAAAGCAGAUGUUAAUGCUUAUAGUAUAAGUGGAACUACAGUGCUGCAUAUAGCUGCUGAAAACGGACAUGAAGAAGUCGUUAAAGUUUUGCUUGAAAAUGGUGCAGAUGUCCAUAAGACCGAUACAGCUCUUCAUCUUGCAGAAAAAAAAGGAUCUCUCAAUAUUGUUAAGCUUUUGGUAAAAUACAAGGCUGAUGUUAACGCUACAACUAUAUAUUAUGACACUCCACUUCAUUUUGCAGCCAGCGGUGGCCAUUUUAAAAUAGAAAAAUUCUUGCUAGCAAAUAAAGCUGUAGACACCGCUCCAAACGAAACGAUGAAUGCUCCUGUACACUAUGCUGCUAAGAGCGGUAAUACUGAAUUAAUGAGAUUGUUACUUCGACACAAAGGACAAAUUUUACAAAGAAAUCUUAAUGAUAAGAAUCUACUGUAUUUGGCAGCAUAUCAUGGUUAUCUCGAAGUUGUGAAACUUUUAGUUGAGCGCGGUGCGAAUUGUAUCGAUUCAACAAAAUCUAAUGGGUAUAAUCCACUGUAUGUGAGUGUAGAGAGGAAUCAUUUGGAAAUUGUAAAAUUUUUUAUCAGCAUAAAAGUAGAUAUUAAUGUAAGAACUGUUGAGUCCUCAACUCCUUUAAGUAUUGCUGUUUUUUAUGGCUUGUAUGAAAUUAUAAAAUUAUUGGUUGAAGCUGGUUGUUUUUUAAACGUUAAAAAUACAUAUGGUGUAACACCUCUAAAUCUAGCUCUAUUAACAAAUCAUCAAAAGAUAGUAGAGUAUCUACUAACUAAACAUGUCGAUGUUAUGGUACCACUAACAAACAUGCAACUUCCAAUUCAUUUAGCAGUAGAAAAUAAUCAAUUCAACGUAGUAGCCACACUAAUAAACAAAAAAAAAAUCUUUGAUUCACCAUCAGAAUGAUUGUAACAGAACGCCUCUGUAUCUCGCGUGUCAAUGGAACUAUUCUGAAUUGGUACAACUUUUAAUAAACAAUGGUGGAGAAAUAAUUUACUAUAAUAUGCAUUGUGUGGAUCCAGCUCUCAUAUCUGGAAGCAAAGAUGUUGUAGAGAUAUUGUUAAAGGCCGGGGUCGAUGUUCACGGUUUCCUACCUCAUAGAAUACCAUUUAUUCAUCGAGCUGUCCAAUUCGAACAAAUAGAUGUUGUUAAACUGUUAAUUGCUAAAAAAAGUAGAUGUCAAUGCUGUUUCGGGUGCUAAAGAAACAACACUUAUGGUCGCUGCAUAUUACAACUUUACGGAAAUAGCAGAUUUUUUAUUGAAAAAUAAAGCUAAUCCAGGCUUGAAAAAUGAAAAUAAUUACACGGAUCUAGACAUUGCAAUUAUGG